GUUAAUGUUAACAACAUAGCUAUUGCAUUUAAGUCAUUCUGCAUUCAGUUGCACGCCGCUUAAUCAUAUCUUCGGUGUUUUUCUUUGUGUUGAUGGUAAUACUGUUAUGCAGUGUUGGUAUUCUAUUAUUAGUUGCCUUUUUGUAGAAGAGAUACUCUGAGAAGCCUCGAGAUUUUUUUUUGUGAAUACAAGAUUUAUAGAAAUAUGGCAAUAUAUUGGAUGUUGCGCGUGUGUUAACGCAAUAUGUUUUUCUUUAAGAAAAAGAAAACGUAAAACACAAGGUCAGCCCGCUAUUCACUCGCAUUAUAGCAAAUACGGUACCUUCCUUCACCCCUGCCAUAAAGGCUUCUCCAGUUCGUUACUGUUAAAGUCAUUAGUUAUGUACGUCCGCUCUGGCUUCAAGCAAGAGGAGUAUUUCGGUUUAAACAGAAAUGUUAUGUUAGUUAACGCUGGGAAAUAGGCGAGUCCACAACCGAUGGGGUAAAACAAAUAACCAGUUACGAUUUUUCUUUUUUAAAACCGAUAAGACUCCUAGGAAUUCAUGUAUUGGAGUACCAUUCAAGCGUUUUGUUUCCUUUUUUUGGGAAACUGUUCCCAGUCUUAUCCCCGUAUCUUUAAUGCCGGAAAAUCGUUUGGUUCCUGAUUAUAAGAACUAAUAGAGCAACCAACUGCAAUUUACGGAAGUAUUAGUCUUACAGUCCGAACGGCCAGAUGGUCCGAGAGGAGUACCUCUCUAUGUCGCAGGGCGACACCGCCCCGAGUACCAGCUCCGACAACAACUACAAGAUUGGCAUCUACGGGUGGAGGAAGCGCUGCCUCUAUCUCUUCGUGCUCGUCUUACUGGCCAUCCUGGUUGUGAACCUGGCACUAGCCAUCUGGAUUCUCCGAGUCAUGUGGUUCAACUCUGAAGGGAUGGGGUUGUUACAAGUGACAGCAGAUGGUGUGAGACUGGAGGGUGAAUCUGAAUUUCUGUUUCCACUCUAUGCCCAGGAGAUUCACUCAAGAGAGGAUUCCUCUCUUCUUCUCCACUCAUCUCAGAAUGUCACCCUCAAUGCCCGCAAUGACAACGGAGAUGUGAGUGGCAGAUUGGCCGUAGGGCCUGGAAUGGUGAAGGUACAGGAAGAGAGCUUCGAGAUCACCUCGGGCAAAGGCGACAUGCUGUUCUCUGCUGACGAGAACAAAGUGGCUCUCGGGGUGGAGAAGUUGCGUGUCACAGGGCCAGAAGGUGCACUAUUUCAGCAUUCUGUAGAAACCCCACUGGUCAAAGGUGAUCCCUUAAAAGACUUGAGGCUGGAGUCGCCCACCAGGUCCUUAAGCAUGGAUGCCCCCAAAGGUGUCCAAAUCAAAGCAGCAGGGGGCAACACUGAAGCUGCAUCCAACCUUGACAUUAUCCUGCACACAAGUGAAGGAAUGCUGAUCCUCGAUGCAGAAACAGUACGGCUUCCCAGGCUGCCCAAGGGCGUUGGAGGUAUGGCACGGGUUACCAACACAGUUUAUGAGGUUUGCGUCUGUCCCAGCGGCAAACUGUACUUCACCCGGGCCGGUAUGACCUCAACGUGCUAUGACAGGCAGGACUGCUAGAGGCCCUCCAGGCCUGCAGGUGGCGUAUGCUAUUUGGAAGGAUUCUUACCUUGUCUGUUUCAUCAGUGUUACAUUAUGUAAUUGCAUUGCAGACUCUUUUUUUCCCUCGCAGCUGCUACUGUAUGUACGCUAUACCCAUUUAUUACGCUGUGGAUAAAUAGAAUGGAUGCAUAUAUCAUGUUAAAUCAGAGAAAUCAAAAACAAGCACAAUUAUUCAUUCUUGACAAAAAAAGUCCUGGUUCUAGUGUAUGACUCCACUGGUAACAUGACAUUUGUCAGAUACGGAGAAUGUACUGGAAAAAACAUAAUGCACACAUUUUCUUUUCACAAACGAGUGUGACACUUUUGUAAAGCUGUUUACGUGGUUUACUUUGUUGUUUUUUUGUAUAUAUUUUAUGAAAGCUGGGCAAUGAAGGGCUGGUAACAGCUGGCAUUCUAUGCAAUAUGUUUUUAAAGAGUAAUAAUGCAAGUAUCUUCUGGUCUGUCAUUUCAGUUUUAAUCUCUCUGGCCCGUGACCUCAAGUUUAAUCUGCAAAUAUACUCAAGUCGUGUGUAUGUAGGUGUUCUGGACAAGAACAGAAUAAACUGCCACGGGGAAAUGCUUUACCUGUACGUAAAGUUUGUCACUGUGGAUUCAGAAUAAUAUUUGAGUUUUGUAAAGUGAAAAUGUUUUGAUUUUUGGUGGGGCGAAUGAAUAAAACCUGCGUUGACUAUGAAA